AUGUUUAAUUACAGAGGCCGUGGCGGUCCAUCGCGGUCAACGCCUGCCAAUGUCCAGUCAACGGCACAGGAGCGUCCGUAUGUGUCGCGCCCAUCACGAUCUCAGCAGUUGCGAAAUCCCAAGCUCGUGCCCAAGCUUACAAACGAGACCCUGAACCCUCUGGAAAAGAAGGAAGUGCUUCGAGGUCUCCGUCGCCUGGUAGAGAUAGAGUUGGAUCACCUCGUGCACGAGGAAGAAGUUCUCAUUCUGACAACUCACGAGGCCGAGGUGACAUUCGAAGCCGAAGUCGAAGUUUUAGCUCGGAUCGCAGCCGAAGCCCCCGUGUCGAGUCUAAACGCAGGCAAUCUAUGUCUGGCGAUGAUCGUUCUCCAGAAGACUAUGAUCACCGUAAUCACUAUCGAUCUCGCGAUCCUCUGCCUGCAGGUCGAGAAACUACGUCUACGAAGCAAUCGAGAAGAGACUUGUCAGGGUCACGGAGUCCAGAUGGAUACAAAGGCCAGCGUGCCCAAGGUUCAAGGUCGCCGGGGCCCGGAGGAAGAUAUGGUGAGAGGCCUGGUCCGUCCGAUACUCGACAUGACCGUGAGAGGCCAGCACCACGCGGAGGAUUUGAUGGAAAGAAAAACGGCCACGGAGGCCGUCAUCACGAGAAUGCCCGAGAGCGAAGUUUGA